AUGUUGUCUACACAAGAGGACUCCGAACAAAUCGGCCGGCCUCGGCGGAGAGAAUCCGAGGAACGACGAUGGAACGACCACACCCCUGUCGACAAAGAUGAAUACGUGAAAGGCAUGAUUGUGAACUUCCCUGAUGUGGUUCUUUGCGAAGAGAAAGACCCCAACGCUGUCUCGACGCAGUUCGGCUGGUUCUGUUUCAAGACCAGAUACGGUAUCGUCAUCGACAACACCACCAAACUUGAGGUUCUGAAGCUCGGCACUGCAGGAGGCAGCGGACCAUUAUCGAAGCCUGUAGAAGUCCGCGUGGAUUGCUUCGGUCUCAAGAAAGUAGAACAUGCAGAAUACUACUGCUGGGAUGAGCGCAAGGGAAAAGAGGUCGCCUAUGUUCCAGAGAAGGGCGUCUAUGACAUAGAAGCGAAUUGCCCAUACCAACCCAAGACGGGCGCCUUUGGAAAUGUCUUGGAUGUUAUUCCCCUCCCACAUGACUCCCGUAUUCAAGUGUGCGGAGCGAUUGAGGAAGACGUCCUCAACGCGAUUCUUAAGAAGCGCAAUCGAAGACUUCUACAGAAACAAAGCACGAGCACCCCCAAGGACAUGUGGAUUGAGGAAUUGGAGGCACGCCUAAACAAGGACAAGCGCAGUCACCAAGAUAUAGACGACAAGGCCCGCCCAGAGAAGACGAAGCAGGAUCAGCAGCUCAGUCAAAAUCGCCGACAGGUUGCUCAGUUUCAUGACCAAGACCUACAAGGACGAAGUGUCAAUGGAGGCUCCCGACGUCGAGCCCCCGACAGUGACACUACAAUGAGGACAGCCCCUACCAAGCGCGCAAAGACCGAUACCAGCAUGCUCACACCCGCCCCCGCAAUUCGAGACAGCAGCCAGGCUGAAGCAAUCAAUGGGCAGCGCAACAGUUCACGAUGGCGCGGCCCGUAUUACCAGCUUCCGCCUGACCGCGUUAACGGAGCUCGACGCUUUACAGGACCUGGUAGCAACGACGGUAGCAACCGUCCCCCGCAAAAUGCUCCACGACAACCACGCCGAGGCAGCUCACGCCCUGCUAGACGGUCUUCUGGGAGCCAUGGUAACAUCAUUGAGGACCAGGCGCGAGCCAAUGGACGUCCAGAGCCGACUCCAGGCAACGAUGAUCGAAGCACCGAGACCCGGCGUCGGCGCAGCAGUGGUACUGAUGAUCAGUUUGGUAAUGAUGACUAG